GGUGAAGGUUAUCUUAAAAGGGGUGAAGGUCAUAUUUUGGGUUUGACUGUCCAGUCUUUAUGACUUUGUAAAAAAAUUAGAUUCACUUUUGUGACCCAUUUGAUCGAGGUUACGAAAAUAGCGGGAAAAUGGCGGUGCAAAUAAACACAGAGACCGUUUCCACGGCACCAGAAAUCUCUUGCCAUUUAAUGCCGUGUGAAAUACACCACAACGAAGAAGCAAAUGUUUGUAAAUAUUUUGAAACAACAAUAAGAAAAGAAGAAGACUUGAUAACAGGAUGUAUGCAUGGUCGACCUUUAAAUGGUGAAGAGGUGGCCUUACCUUCUGGAUAUACAGGACUUGUAGUAAGUGAAAGUAGGAAAGCAGCCACUGAAGACGAAGACAGGAUGAUGGAUAUAAAAUCUAAAUUUAAUGAAUUUACGUACUGGAACUUGGAUAAACCUACAUCUAAAGAAGACACACUAUCAAAAGCUUUACAGUGGAUUGAUAUCGCAAAUAUUCUACACAGUCCUAUAAAUCAGGAUGAAUUAAGUCAAAGAAGUGUAACAGGUAAAUAAAGGGGAGAUAAUACAGAUUGGUGAAAUGAUGGACGAGCACACCAGGAUAUUUGGAUUUAUGUAUAGCAUCGAGGUACCGGUAUAAUAGAUUGGUAAAAAAAGAUGGAUGAUUUUGGAUGAGCACACCAUGAUUUUUGGAUACGUAUUUAUAAAACAACAACAAUUAUCUUCAAAAAAGAAAUGGAGAUCUAUCUACAAAAAUGUGAUAGAUGCCUUUCAGUAACAUCUAAUGCCACUUCUUAAAGACGUGGAAUUUUUUUUACUUUAGAUACAAUUGGUGUAACUUAAGUAUCGCGAUUCCUGCUUGGAUACAGUUGCUGUAACUUGAGAAUACUAAAAAUGAUGAGCUAGUUUCGUAGAAAGAAUUAAAUGUGAAAGACGUUACAAAGUGUGGAAUCUUUUUUGAAAAAGAAUAUUUUUUAUAACUCCAAAAUAAUCUUGACUGUAAUUAGCAUACUUGCACGUGUUCGUAAUUUAUGCUGUCUGUAUUAAAGUAGCUCAGCUUGAAAACAGACAGGAAGUUAGUUGACCAACAUUUAAAUACCCAUUUCAAUGCUUUUAAUUUUUAGUCAAAAUACUACGUAUAGUUCGAGAAUUUUGAGAUUUCCAUAUGUAAUGAAAUUAAAAAUAUUAUCGUGUGUAUGAAACGGAUUACACCCACAUAAUUUAUCAGUACACUAUAAUUUUCAAUAUGGAAGCCAUUCAGGACAGAGGUCUAUUCUCAAAGAAAAUAGUUCUUGGUAAAGAUUAGAAGCUAAGGCCCAUUGCAGAUGUCAUAGGUCACAAGAUGUAAAUAGUGUUAGGGCAUGUGAUUUUGAUGAGAUUUUGGGUAAGGGCUAACCAGUGCCCUAACCCUAAUUUCAUCCCGUGAUCUAUGAGGAAAUCUGCAAUGGAUCUUAGCUUUUAGAUCAGGGAGAGUAAAACAUAUAGCCAGCGGACCAGAUCCAAGCCGCCAAGGAUUUAAAUGUGGCCUGUGGAACAUAUUUCAACAAACUGACGUGUCGAUAAUUCUUAGAAACUAGCGGUGGAAAUCAUUUAUAUUUAUUGUUUUCCGGUUUCAGUAAAACUCUGACUUCUGUACUGUAUGUCAUAGAUAUCUAAGUUUUAUGUAAUUACAAGAGAAUGUUGGGUAUAAUAUGUAACAAUUUUAACCAAAUAAAUCAAUAAUAUUUUCUUUA